GAGGGCUGAGGGUGAACGGUGCAGUGUGAGUGGCCGGAGGAGGUGAUGGACGGGGCGGGUUCAGUUCCUUGAAGCGGUGUCUUUGUUUUCAGUCAGGUGGCGGUUUAUUAUUUCGGAUAUUUUUCCGUGUUUUGAGCGGGUUACACAGCGGGGGUUUGUCAGGAUGCCUCCCAAAAGGCGCGGCGGCGGGACUCCUCCAAGCAGAGAGCUGAAGUGGAGCAACCGGAAGGAGAACUCGGUUCUCUCUCUGGAACUGCACAAAGAGAAAGAUCCGGAAUUUGUCUCCCUUUGUAAGGACCUCUCAGUCUCCGACUCGGUGUGUACUCAGGCGUGGUCACUGUGGGAGUUGAUGACCAAGACAGCAGAGAAAGUCACCGAAUCAAACAAGCAACUCUGGGGCGCAUGUGUGUACAUUUCAGCUGUGGACUUGGACGACAUCCGGUUCACUUUUACGGAAUUUCAGAAGGCUGUUGGGCUGAGCGUGAAGCAGUUUCUCACCCUGGUGCGAAAGCUGGAUGAAAAUGUGGACACAAUAAGCUCUAAAGUAAACUCCGCUGUGACGAGGCUUGAGAAGAAAUACGAGGUGUCGCUGGCUCUCUAUCAGAGAUUUGUCAAGACAUGCGAAAAAAUCUAUAGUGUGCCUGACGAAGUUAAGAGACAAGAACUUUUCCGCUGUAGCUGGAUCUUAUUCCUUUUGGCUAAAGGAAGUGUUCUGCAGAUGGAGGAUGACCUGGUGAUAGCCUUCCAGUUACUUUUGUGCGUUCUGGAGUUCUACGUCAAGCGCUGCCCGUCCUUUCUCCAGCCUCUCUACAAGUCCGCGAUCAGCGAGACGAUACAGAGCCCUCCAACUCGGACCUCGAGGCGGAACAAAGCCAAGCCCCGUCCUUCUGAGAUGGACAUGCAGUUGCUAGAGACACUGUGUAAGGAGAGCGACUGCAGCGUAGACGAGGUGAAAAACGUUUACCAAAGCAGUUUCUGUGCCUUCCUGGACUCCAUGGGCUUGUCAGGAUCACAGGAGCUUCCAGCAGUGGAAACGCUAUCCAAAAGUUAUGAAGAGCUCUACUAUAAAAGCAAGGACUUUGAUGCACGACUGUUCUUAGUUGAUGAUGAGACGCUCAGCUCAGUCAAAACAGAAGUUAUAAAAGUAGAAAUGACUCCUAGAAAGAAUCCACCUGGAGAGGAGACUGUCUCCAUUCCACCACAGACCCCAAUCAGAGCUACAAUGUCUUCAAUCCAGCAGCUGAGGGGUGAGCUUACUUCAGCCAGUGACCAACCUUCAGGCAAUCUCAUGGUUUACUUCAAGAACUGUACCGUGGACCCAUCAGAAGACAUCACGAAGCGGGUUGAUCAGCUCGGACAGAUCUUCAGCCAGAAAUUUGCUCAAGCUGUUGGUCAGCGCUGUGAAGGAUUAGGCAAAAAGAGGUUUACUCUCGGCGUCCAGCUUUACUACAAAGUCAUGGAGUCGAUGCUUAAGUCGGAAGAAAAGAGACUCUCGGUGCAAAAUUUCAGUAAACUCCUGAACAACGCCACUUUCCACAUCUCACUCCUUGCCUGUUCACUGGAAGUUGUCCUGGCAACUUAUGUUGGAUAUUCCUUGAAGAACGGCGGCAGUGAAUCCCCUGAAACGAACCUGUGCUUCCCCUGGAUCUUGGAUGUCUUCCAGUUUUAUGCCUUUGACUUCUACAAAGUGAUAGAAAGUUUCAUCAAAGCAGAGCCCACUCUGAAGCACGACAUGAUCGAGCACUUGGGCCGCUGUGAGCAGCAGAUCAUGGAGAGCAUCGCGUGGAAAUCGGAUUCUCUCCUGUUUGAGCUCCUGAAACAGUCUCGUGAGGAUGGUCCUGGUGAGCAAGCAGAGCCUCCUGCAACACUGAACCAGCCUCUGCAGCACAACCACACGGCAGCUGAUCUAUAUCUGUCUCCUCUGCGUCCGAGUCGUCGAGUUGCAGCAGCAGAAGCGGAUGUUCUAGCUGUGCCACCAUCACAGCCCCCUGCCCCAGGCACCAGACAGCACCGCUCCAACUCCCUAAGCCUCUUCUAUAAGAAACUAUAUAGAAUGGCCUACCUGCGCCUGAAAAUGCUUUUCUCUCACCUUCUGACCCUUGACCCUGAGCUGGAGGCCAUCAUAUGGACUCUGCUCCAGCACACACUCCAGAACGAGUAUGAGCUAAUGAAGGACAGACACCUAGACCAGCUGAUGAUGUCUGCCAUGUAUGCCAUAUGCAAGGUGAAAAAUGUGGAUUUGCGCUUCAAGACGAUCGUCACUGCGUACAAAGAGCUUCCCAAUACCAACCAGGAGACUUUCAAGCGUGUGUUGAUCAGAGACGGCCAAUACGAUUCCAUCAUAGUCUUCUACAACCUGGUGUUUAUGCAGAAGUUGAAGACAAACAUCCUGCAGUACGCUUCUCCUCGGCCUCCUCCCCUGUCUCCCAUUCCACAUAUUCCCCGGAGUCCGUACAUGUAUCCCAGCUCUCCGCUCAGAGUGCCUGGUGGGAACGUCUACAUCUCUCCUUUAAAGAGCAAUCGUAUGACACCCAGAUCCAGGAUCCUUGUCUCCAUUGGCGAAUCAUUCGGGACCUCAGACAAAUUCCAGAAGAUCAAUCAGAUGGUCAGUAGCACAGAUUGGCCCCCGAAGAGAAGUCUAGCCGGAGACUCCAACCCCAAACCCCUGAAGCGGUUACGUUUCGAUGUGGAUGGACAGGAUGAGGCUGAUGGGAGCAAAUCAAGCGGCGAGUCUACACUGGACAAGAAGCUGGCUGAGAUGCGUUCAGUUCGCAAUCGCAUGCAGGAACAGAAAAUGAAGGAGGAGGCUGAGAAGGACGACCCAGAGCCCUGAUGUGAAAACGCCUCAUCAUCGAUGUCUGCUCCCACAGACUGUGUUCACUCUUCAUUUGCAUUUUUACUAAUUCCACUGUAAGUGUCUGAAUCAGUAAGAGUAUCGCAGAAAGAUUUCAACCCAUCGCAUCAGAGGGUAAAUUUAUAAUCUUCAGUAGUGAUGUACUGGAAUGAAAAUUCUUGGUUGAAACCUGCAAUUCACUACAUGGUUUUAUUAACUGGUUGCUGGUACUUUUGCAAAAAGAUAAAUUAUUUAGUUUUUUUUAUGCUUGUAAAGCAUUCGCUUAUGCUUAAUGAAAUGAGUAACCCUACUGACAAAAAAUAUACGAUAUAAACAUUCUCGAACUGUAAAGUUUAUCUGGGAGUGUUGUAAUAACAUCUAGGGACUAUUUUACAGAAACAUUUUUAUAUAAAACUAGACACGCGUAGUGUUUUUAGGCAGAAACACUGUCUUGUUCUUAAGUAGAGACACCAAAAUAAAAUUCUUGUCUGAAACAGAAGUGGAGGAUACACUUUUUUUUUUUUUUUUAACUGUCACCAAAAUGUUAAUUUAUUUUGCUUUAUUAUUUGCCUUGAAAAGCAUUAAUUGAUACUUGGUGGUGGAGGGGGAAAGGAUACUGAAAUGUCAGUCCUUUCAUUAAGAUGUGACUCCACAAAUAAACUUUUUUCAAAGUCCCACGGGGCCUUGAUGGCACUAAUGGAUCUUAGGCAGAAAUAUUUUUUAUUUUUUUAAUUAAAAAAGGUUUUUUUUGUUUUGUUUUUUUCCCCCAGAAAUGCUAUGGUUAUGAAAUGAAUGCGUAUGUCCGUGCGUGCAUUUACAUACUUGUAUUUCUCUCUUUUAAUAUAUUGCAUUGCUUUCUUUCCUGAAUGGCUUUUUUUUUUUUGGCUAUUGAAAUGCUAGCUGUUAGAAAUAGGGUUUUACCUUUUUUGUAUUAAGUCUUUUUGUCAAAAGGUUUGUUAAUAACUGACUUGAGAUAGUGUUUGAUUAAUGUCUUAUGUGAUCGUCUUUUAGGAAAAUAAAAUGUAAAAGGGCAGCACUGUGUGUCACAGGAUGCAUUUGUUUCCGAUCAAGUAUGUACCAGCGCUCCAAAACAGGAAUCUGAUGAAAAUAGAGAAGCAGAAGUAUUUGAACAAUAACUGUCUUGUUUCAAUAAAUAUUUGCAAUCAACACGA